AUGCGAAAAUUCCUUGGGGAACGUGGGGCGAAGGAGCGUAUUCUUGAUUUUGACACUGGAAAAGUGACGUCAGCAAUACGUGAGAAUGUGGGUCGACUGCUGCAUCAAAAGGCGGCGUCAUUCAGACCGGAGGUGAUUCACCGCGCCUCGGUUGCUGCGGCGCCAAUGGCAGCCUGGGUGAGGGCCAUGGUCGACUACUCCACCAUUCUUGAUAGCAUAUCCCCGCUCAACUGUCAACUGCAGCUGCUCGAGAAGAAUCAGAGGGAGGGCGAAGAGCAGCUGCGUGCAUUGAAGAAGAAGCUAAAGCAGAUUGACGCAGCUGUUGAAGAUCUGCGACAGGAGUUCUCACAGAAGUGUAAGGAGGCUGAGCGAUUGAAGGAUAUCCUUGCAAAGGCUGAGAAUGAACUUUCGAAGGCGUGUGAUUUGCUUGCGAAGCUUAGCAGUGAAAAGACACGUUGGGCGCAAGAUACAGAGAAAAUUGAAACAAGUAAUCGUUUACUGCCCAAGUGGACACUUGUUUCGGCUGCAUUCAUGACUUAUAUUGCAAAAGAAACCGAAGAUGUGCGUCAACAGUAUUUUAAAAAAGUGGUCUGA